GUGACUCUCCAAACCACUCUCACUUUCAUUAGGCAUAAUAAACGAGUUCCACUUUUGCUCUCAGUGUGGUGAGGUAAGUUACACUCAGUAUGUUGUAAAGCUGUGUUUUGCUAUGCCGUUAAUUAGGGCCGAACGAUCCAAACUGCAUUGUGGCUGAGACAAAUCGAGAUCUAAUAACGCGUUGUUCACAGAAAAGUUUCACCUACGGUACUGAUCGGUUGCGAAGCAUAAAAUAUUGAAACACCUAUCGGUCCGCGCAACCUAACUGAAUGGGCUUAAAAUAAUUGUUAAAAAUUAAUAUGAAUAUGUACAGGAGAUUUGCUUACUAAAUACAGUUUCUUAAUUUUCCUAUUGCUUACUUUUAGUGCAUGUAUAAUCCAAUACGAAUACAUACAUCUGUACAUAGUGGCUUAGGUCUGUGGUUUGCAGCCAUGACAGUUUUUCAGACGCAGUUCACUGACCGGCAGUCUUUAACAGUCAUUCUGUUGAUCGCUAACAUCGUGUACUCGAGUACUGUAUACUCGAGCGUAUCAGCAGCAACUAACUCUGCAGGAGGUGUGGCACGCUCUAUUACGGGCAAUGGAAAUUCGAAUCUUCGUUUAGCACUUCCACGAACUAGUGCUAGCCAAAUUAAUAGCGGCAGUACAACGGCUUCAAGCUUUAAGCUUGCUGCAAAAACAUUAAACUCAACACGCAAUGGAAACUUGCGAAUAAGAGAACAACAACUUUUAAACAUUUUUGAACUAAUUAUUACAACUCUAGAAGGGAAACUUAAAAGAAUUGAUAAUCUAGGAAAAUCGUUUGAAGAUUUAAGGAGUCAUAUAUCAAUAUUGGAGAGUCGCAUGUCAAAUAAUAUUGAAAAAACAGAUGAAGCACUUGCAAAGCUUAGUACAUUGGACUCUAAGCUAUCAAAAAGUAUUUAUAUGUUUCCAGAGAUCACACCUAGUUCCGACAACAUAAUGCAUUCUGCAAAAAUCCUGGCGACAUCAUCAACAUUUCAACUUGAUAGUCGGCUAGGUAUAUUAGAUCAAAAGGUCAGCGACAUUGAUUCAAAAUUAGAGAUAUUAAAAACACAAAUCGACAAUAAUUUCUUGCAAUUAGAUGAUUUUAAUGCAGAAGCCAGUGAGAAAAAACCUAUUACUAUGAAUGUUAUUGAAAUUACCAAAGCUAUGAAUGCCGAGGUAAUGAACCAUGUAUCAACAGAAGUACACCAACUGCGUGAUUCCACCGAUAACAUUGAUAAAAAGUUACAGUUUCACAUAAAUAUUGAAUCGGAAAAUAUUGGGAGAAUGCUACGACUGAUAAGCGAUAUACAUGGUGCUGUUGUAGAUCAUCACGAACACAUAAAUGAAUAUAACGUCACUACCACCGCAUUACCAGCAAUUAAAUUAAGUAAGAUUGAUGCACUUGUUAAACAAAUAAGCCCAAUGGUGACUGUUUCUGAAAAAAUGGAUGAAGUAUGGGAUGUUGUGAUGGGCACAAAGUCGUCUGUUGAUCACUUAUUGCCAAAGUCGGAUGCCCUUCUUACUCAAACCCAACGUCAAGAAAGAGCUAUUGGUGAAAUUCAUCAUGACUUAAAUAUGAAAACUAACCAAAUAAUAAAUAACUUAGACAUGGUAGAAAAGAGAUUAAAAAAGCAAGAGGAUGAUGUUCAAACACUAUCUCAACGACAACCAGCAACGGAAUUUUCAAUUGAUCCAACUAUUGAUCGCUUGAUUGAAUAUGACCCAACCAGGUACUCUGUCGUGGAUGACAGUCUUUUAGAUCUACAUGAGCCGAAACCUGCUAUGUCCUCCACUUCAAAAACUCUCGUUACGUCAACACCGAAUUCAAGCUUGAGCACAUAUUCUACUGCCGUAGCAAAUAGCACAGGCUUAAAUAAUAUAUAUAAUGUUAUGUUAAAUGGAACAACAGCACCAUUGGCUUGGAACACUACAGCCUCUAAAGCCGUUCUUCGAAAGGGUGGUAUAAUCUUUCCAAGUGUAAAAAACAAACCGGCUGUGGUAAACAGCACAUUUGUCAGCGAUAUUUAUGCCUUAAAGGAUGUUAAGGGCUUCUCGUGUGUAGACCUUCUAAACGCUGGUAUGAAACAGUCUGGAGUAUUUUACUUACAAAUUCGGGGAACAACUUAUUGGUUUUUAAAAGUAUACUGUGAGCAAAGUGUGUCAGAUGGAGGUUGGACGGUUAUUCAACGGCGUGAUGAUUUUGGAGAACCUCGGGAAAACUUUAAUCGCGAUUGGGCAGAUUAUAAAAAUGGUUUUGGUGAACCUGCAAAAGAGUUCUGGCUUGGAAACGAGAACAUUUAUAUGCUCACAAACAAUGAAGAAUACGCUUUACGAGUUGAAUUAGAAGAUUUUGAGGGAAAUAAAAGGUAAGUCAAGAAAUAUUUUC